AAGCAGAUGCAGGUAGAGUUACAUAGGGUGGCACGCACAUUUACCGUACAGGGCUGCCACCUACACAGUGAGGCUCUGCAUGAGACAGCCUACCUGCAAUUUGACAGCCAAAUUUCCAGACCAUCCAAGCUAUCCGUAUUGCUUUUAAGCCGUAACAUUUAAGAAGGUGCCCACCUGACGUACCGCACAGGAUUCUAACAGUCGGCAAGAGCCAGGGCCACUACUACGGAAGACAAACAACAAAGAUGGCAAAUGUGGAAGCCCCAACUCCAAACCCAACUCCAGUCCCAACUCCAAGUCGAUGGAGUAGGCUUCUGAGACGAUCAGUAGACGGGACUCCACCCCAAGAUCCACUGACCAUGGCCGACUUCAUGAAGGUGGCCAAAGCCAAGAUUGAUGCCUCAGCCAGCAACUUGAAUGCAUUGAGCCAGGAGAUUUGGUCCCACCCGGAGCUUAACUUCAAUGAGCACCACGCCCAUGAAGUGCUGACGGACUUCCUUGAAAAGGAGGGAUUCAACGUGGAGCGCCACUUUGUGCUUGAAACGGCUUUCAGGGCAACGUUUGGUUCGGACAAUGCAGGUCCCAACAUCUGCGUGAUCUGCGAGUAUGAUGCCCUGCCGGACAUUGGCCAUGCCUGUGGGCAUAACCUGAUUGCAGAGUGUGGCGUGGCUGCAGGGUUGGGUAUCAAGGCUGCACUUGAAGCCAGCGGAAACAAAUAUGGAAAGGUGACCGUGUUGGGGACACCAGCUGAAGAGGGGGGUGGCGGCAAGAGACUUCUCAUCAAGGCCAAUGCUUUCACUGGCAUUGCUGUGGCCAUGAUGGCCCACCCCUACCGAUACAACGUACCCCGCCCCAUCGCUUUGUCAAUGACAACUGUCAUUAUCAAGUUCCAAGGCAAGGCUUCCCACGCUUCUGCGGCACCCUGGGAUGGUAACAAUGCCUUGGAUGCAGCAGUCAUGUGCUACCAGGCCAUCAGUAACAUGAGACAGCAGAUCAAACCGACAUGCAGGGUUCACGGAAUUUUCACCAAUGGCGGUGCUGCCCCCAACAUAAUUCCCGAAGAGGCAGAGCUGACCUACUAUCUGCGAGCCAUUGACGAGGGCGAACUCUCAGUGUUGAAGAGGAAAGUUAGGGCGUGUGCAGAAGGUGCUGCCAAGGCAGCGGAAUGUCAGGUGGAGUUCAGAACCAACAUUACAUAUGCCAACUUAAUCACCAAUGACGGGCUGUCCAGCAUGUACGAAUCACAUGUGCAGAGAAUGGGCGUUGAGUUUAGCACGGACGAGGCCCUGAGGCAAGGGGGCUCCACAGACAUGGGCAAUGUGUCCUACCUGGUCCCCAGUAUCCAUCCCAAAUUUGCCGUGGGGCCCGGAGAUGUUGCCACCCACACGGGACCAUUCACAACAGUGGCAGGCUCCCCUGAGGCCCAGGGUCCCACGCUGAUCCAAGCUAAGGCCCUGGCCAUGACCGCCAUUGAGCUGAUGCAACCUAGCGGCCAGGACACGCUGAAGAAGAUCCAGAAGGAGUUCAAGGACACGGUCAGCAAGCUGCAGAUGCCCGAGUAGGAGGCAGAGGUGACAAAGAAGGAUGAGGCAAUAUUUUUUGGAUUUCUGUUAAUUGAUUAAACUUGCACUGGUAGUUAUAUUGCUGUGAUUGGGGAGAUGUAUGCCAUGUUAAUAGGAGGGUGGACUCCUUACUUGUGAUCUGAGGGCCAGGGUUCGAAUCAAGCUGCUGGCCUUUUUUUUUAUGUUCCUGGGAAAAAGUAAUAAUUUGCCUCCCUCUACUGAGGUGUGUAAAUUAACAAGGACAGUGAUAUUAUGAGAUGUGGAGUACAUGUAGCCUGUUCUCAUAAAAGAGUGCAUUGUAGCAUUUGAGACUGUGGAACUGGAAAAAAGUUCUCCAAAGCCACCAGGAAAUGGGGCUAAAACUAUGAUACCUGGUGAUGGACGGGCAUUCAAAUCAGUGGGGAUGUUUUCUCAGUUGUCAUGGAAACCAGGGUAAAUUUGCUGUGAAGGGUAGACUUCACUGAGGGCAUGGUGUGCUUUUUAUCCCUUAGAGCACUUGUAUCAUAGUCAGUGCAUGUUGGAUGCAAUGUGGAUGUUUUGCGAAGGCUAACAAAUCCAUAGUGUACCUCCAUGUACAGGAGACGGGUAGAAACGUUAAAAAAACAAUGGAGUACCAUUUGCAUUGUGUACCGAAACCCACAGAUUGUUUUUAAUUACUGGUUAACGCCCCAUUUGCUCACGGUGUACCUCCCAAGGGAGAUAGUUGCUUUAAUAGAAAAAGAAGAUCCCUUGUUCUCGCACUGCUAAUCACUCAAGCCAAAGAGAGUCAAUCAGGUAGCCCCUGAUCCUAUUGUGUUCAUGUUAAUAGGCCAUGAGGUGCUCUAAAAUUUGCUUUCUAGAAUCAGCCAAGCUCUGAUGACCUCAGCUGAUUCAUGUUAGUUGCUCAAGAAGUAUAAUUACAGUGACAAUAAUGCACAAAAUUGCAACUCCAGUUUUCUUUUGUAAUUAAGGUGUUACAGGUGGCAGUUUUAUUGCACAAUAUCAAAGUGUUCUCUCGCUUCAUAGCAGUUUCUUUAAAAACACAAUGGUUACUGAUGUGUCUUCCUUGGAAUGGUACCGUGUCUGGUAAGGUAGCCUACUCCGAAAUGAGGAAACAUUUUUAACAUAUGCUGUCAGAGAUAAACUGUAGCCAUUCAGGAAACCCUGCGAUCUUCGCAAGGGUUUGGUGCAUUUGCAUCAAAAGCCAGGAUCGAAAAACUCCAAUCUGGAAGAAUGCUGUUAUACAGGUUCUGGCCCAAGGCCCUAAUAGUAGUAAUUAACGGCCAAGAGUUUACUUUCAGAAAGAGUACCUUAUCUGGACAUCACGUGACACCCUGUGCACAAACCCUAUGAGACUGGUCUGAAAAUGUCUUUCUAAGUAAAUGUUUCAAUAUUUUCAACCACUAAAUGUGACUUUUUAGGGGGUGGUAUCACUUUUUGAUAGCUAAUAAACCACUGCAAGGGAAAUUAGUGAUGUCCAUACAUAUGGAACUCCUACUGUCUUUCAGGUUAGUAUUUAAUUAUUCAGUAGAAUGCUCACUUGUGUUGUAAUUCUUGCUCUGUAAAAUAUACACAUGUACAAGGGCCAGUUUCAAAUCAUAUACAAAAAAGUCAACUCGACUGGCUGCCGCAAUUUGUAAGCAAUAAUUUAUACACAAAAAUCAACUUGAUAUUUUAUCAUAUACACUGCACAUCUUGAUUACAUUCUACAAUAAAUUCUACAAAGGUAUACAGUU